AUGUCAGACCCUGCCGAAUACGCUAAAGCCAUUAUCAGCUCAAAGGAGUGGGCCUGGGCGACCAAUCCUUUCAACUGGCAUGAUCAGGAUGAGCUUCGUCGGUUUGUCGCCCUCGACGGCCUCGACGAGUCCAGUCGCUUGAGCAGUACCACCCUGCUUACGCCCAUUUCGUUUGAAGCUGGCACCCAGCCCUCCGGUCCCGGGACUUUGUCAACACUCCCUCUCGAGAUAAUGUUCAAGGUGAUGGACUACCUGGAUAUCUCGUCCGUAGAGGCCCUCGGUCAGACUUGUAAGAUGGCCCGAUCCAUGAUCAAAAAACACCCGACCUACAAAAUCCUCAUCAAACUUGUACCCACCCUGCGAUCAGCCGUCGAAAAAUGCGGCUUGCAGGAAUCUGCCUGCCUCGAAGACCUUGCCGAGGAGUUACAUUACCCAUACUGCCGAGCUUGUGGUCAUCAGGGCACAGAGCUCUUCCUACCUCUCGGAGAACGCGUCUGCUUCAACUGCAGCACACUCAGCCCGGCCUACUGGUGUAUGGCUGUCCCCGAUGCUACGGCAGCCUUCUGUCUGAGUGAGGCACAAGUCCGAGAGUUUCCCAUCCUGAAACUCAAGGAAAGGUUUUGGGCUGCUAAUAAUUUCCUCAAGACCGUUAAUAUCGAUCGACAGGAUCUCGUCCCUGCGAAAGCCGCCUUCCUAACCGCGAUGAAGAUCUGGGGUAACCGCAAGACCAUGUGUCGCUACGCCGCCCCCAAUGACCCCGACGACGCUUUCGAUGCGCACCCCGAUGACGCCUUCCUCGGCGCUGCCUAUCGGUUCCUCCGCAAUAUGCAGGUCAAAGCCCCUAACGACCCGAGUCAACUUGAUGGCCCCCAGCCUCGGCUGCCUGAGUUUUAUGCCAACAUGAUCACCGUCCCGUUCCCGUACCUCCCGAAGGGAAAGACGGAAAUCGAACGCCGCUUCAUGUGCCGUGGAUGUUACUGGCUCGCCCAGCAGCCUAGAGUUGAAGCCGCCAUGCUCAAGUAUUCGGACAUUAACCCGGAUUUUUCUGCACAACGGGUGAAGCAAAUGAUCUCUGGCCGUCGUAACACUUCCUACUCGUGGGAAGAAUUGAUGAUGCACAUUCGGGGCUGUGCUGGAGCUGGAUUCCUGAUGUACCAGCACGUAAUUGAGAGAGACUAUGAGUAUGGUCUGGGAAAUAGACUUUUCUGGAGGCCUCAGUGA